CACCCUAGCAACACCAAACAUCCCUCGCGCUGCAGGAGCUCCAAUCAGCCUUGAAGGCUCCUCUUUCGUCACUUCCUCCGGCAGCCCUGGGCUCGGCUUAGUGCUGUUUAGCAAAUACGCCGCCAUCUUGGAUUGAGCAGUCAAGCUACAGGCAGUCCAUAGUUCUCGGGAUGGGUAGAACUGAGCCAAAACUUGAGGAUUUUAAAGUGUAAUGUUUUAAGGAGCCGGGAACCAGUCGGAUUCUGGGCAUUUUGGACGAACUUCACUAACUUCCCAUAUCGGCAGGCGCAGCUUUGUAAGCGGCUAUAAAGCUGAAGUCCCAUACUGAUUGUCGCCUGGUCGCUGUAUGUAGUUCGCUGGGCCUGAUUGUAGGCGCUUGCUUUCAUGAGCAACUUUGUUUAUUUCAAUUCGUUUGGUCGCUUUGCAAACUAUCCGGAGCGCGUGUGGUGUACGGUUAUGGUGGGCGCGUGCUCAGCCCUUCAGAAGUUUGUGUGUGCGUGUGUGUGCGCGCGCCACCGGUUGGACCUCCAGCGCUGUGUGCUGUAAUGCGGCUCGAUAAAUGACUUUAUUAACGCGGAGUGGCGGCGUUUGUUGUGCUGAAAGUUCGCCUUGGGAUCGCACUCGAAGUUGCUCUCCUCCAUGGUCUUUAUCAGCUGUCGGAUUGCUGCUUUCCAUUCUGCCUUCGGACUGAGACGCUGCGAGUAGAUCUGCUUGGAAAAGGAGAAGCCGAUUUGGAGCUCGAGACGCGUUAUAAUGUCAACGAGAACACCGCUACCUACAGUCAAUGAGCGCGACACGGAAAAUCAUACCUCGCACACUGAUGGUGCAACCAGAUCCAGCCGCUCCGGCGCUCGAUGCCGCAACUCCAUCGCCUCGUGUGCCGAGGAGCAGCCGCACAUCGGCAACUAUCGGCUGCUCAAAACCAUCGGCAAGGGCAACUUCGCCAAGGUCAAACUGGCACGGCAUAUCCUGACCGGACGAGAGGUGGCCAUAAAAAUUAUUGAUAAGACGCAGCUCAAUCCCACCAGUCUCCAAAAGCUCUUCCGAGAAGUGAGAAUAAUGAAGAUUCUGAACCAUCCAAAUAUUGUUAAGUUGUUUGAGGUCAUAGAAACAGAGAAAACCCUUUAUCUGGUGAUGGAGUAUGCCAGUGGAGGGGAGGUGUUUGACUACCUCGUAGCUCAUGGCCGGAUGAAGGAGAAGGAGGCCAGGGCUAAAUUUAGACAGAUCGUAUCAGCUGUACAGUACUGCCAUCAAAAACACAUUGUGCACAGAGACCUCAAGGCAGAGAAUCUGCUGCUAGAUGCAGAUAUGAACAUUAAAAUAGCAGACUUUGGCUUCAGUAACGAGUUCACGAUGGGCAACAAGCUGGACACGUUCUGCGGCAGCCCGCCAUAUGCCGCUCAGCUCUUUCAGGGAAAGAAGUACGAUGGACCAGAGGUGGAUGUCUGGAGUCUCGGAGUCAUUCUUUACACGCUAGUCAGUGGUUCACUGCCUUUUGAUGGCCAGAAUUUGAAGGAGCUGCGGGAACGAGUACUAAGGGGGAAGUAUCGCAUUCCCUUCUACAUGUCGACAGACUGCGAAAACCUUCUCAAGCGCUUCCUGGUGCUCAAUCCUAUCAAGCGGGGUACACUUCAGCAAAUCAUGAAGGACCGAUGGAUCAAUGCUGGCUUUGAGGAGGAAGAACUCAAGCCUUUUGUGGAGCCAGAGCUCGACAUCUCAGACCACAAAAGAAUAGAUAUAAUGGUCGGAAUGGGAUACUCUCGUGAAGAAAUCAAUGAGUCUCUGACUAGGAUGAAGUAUGAUGAGAUCACAGCAACCUACCUGCUGUUGGGUAGAAAGCCUACAGAGCUGGAUGCUGCUGAUUCCAGUUCCAGCAGCAACUUGUCACUGACCAAAGUUAGGCCCAACAGUGAGCACAACAAUGGCCAGUCACCUUCUCACCUCAAAGUCCAGAGGAGCGCCUCUAACCAGAAACAGCGGCGCUACAGUGACCAGGCUGGUCCAGCCAUUCCCUCUGCGGGUUACCCCAAGAGGAGCCAGACCACCGCAGCAGAAAAUGAGCACAAAGAGGAAAGCAGUGCUCAGCCUCGCAAGUCCAGCUCUUCUGGGAGCCGUGGCAUGGCACCCCCAAGCCCCUUGCUGGGCAAUGCCAACAACCCAAACAAGGCUGACAUUCCUGACCGGAAGAAAGCUUCCACUGCCCCAGGGAGUAAUUCUGUGUCGGGGGGGAUGACCAGACGAAAUACAUAUGUUUGUAGCGAACGCAACGCCGGGGACCGACACACUGUCAUCCAGAAUGGCAAAGAAAACAGCACAACCACGGUCUCUUCGCAGCGAAACCCUGGAGCCUCCACUCACAGCAUCAGCAGCGCCACACCACCAGACCGCCUACGUUUCCCCCGAGGCACAGCGAGCCGCAGCACCUUUCACGGCGGCCAGCUAAGAGAGCGGCGUACUGCCACAUACAACGGACCUCCCGCCUCGCCCACCCUUUCUCACGAUGCAACGCCGCUAUCGCAGUCGCGCAGCCGUGGCUCAACCAACCUAUUCACCAAGCUCACCUCCAAGCUCACACGCAGAAACAUGUCAUUCAGGUUUACCAAAAGAGCUCCAGCAGAGUUUGAGAGGAAUGGCAGACAUGAAGGCUCAAGUCGGAAUGUGUCCGGGGAUCAGAAGGAGGAUCAGAAAGACACCAAACCACGUUCCCUGCGCUUCACCUGGAGCAUGAAGACCACGUCAGCCAUGGAGCCGAGCGACAUGAUGCGCGAGAUCCGAAAGGUGCUCGACGCCAACAACUGCGACUACGAGCAACGCGAACACUUCCUGCUGCUCUGCGUCCACGGUGACGGCCAUGCUGAGAGCCUCGUUCAGUGGGAGAUGGAGGUGUGCAAGUUGCCCCGGCUCUCUCUCAACGGCGUGCGCUUUAAGCGGAUAUCAGGAACAUCCAUCGCAUUCAAGAACAUAGCGUCAAAAAUUGCCAACGAGCUAAAGUUGUAGGGAAAAAUAAAAAAAUCAUCAAAAUGUGAAAGUGACAAAAAAAGACUGAGGCAUAUAAAUAAUUUUUUUUUUUUUUUCUGUUGAAAAAAGUAGCAGAUUCAAGGAUUGUUUCAGUGAACGCUUUCCGAAAUGUGUAAUAAAAUGUAUAGAAUCAUGCCUUAGGUGGUAUUAUUAUAAUAAUAAUUAUUAUUAUUACUAUCAUUGUGACUGGUGGUCUAAAACUGUAUGGAAAAAGUGGUGAUUGGUGGUUUUGUUUUUUUAUUUAUGCACUACUGCGUUAGGUGCCCGAUAGGCCUAUAGUUAACCCUUCAUUUUAAAACAUGGAUGACAACGUGACAGUAUUUUUCCCCUCUCUUCUGCUCUCUUUUUUUUUUUUUUUUUUUUUUUUAUAAGAAGUAAAAAUGGCCAUGGACAUUGUGUGGUGGUGUGUUAGAUCAGAAAAAUGAUGCGCAUCUCCAAAAUCUCCCCCUAAAGCUGCUGCUAGCAGUGUAGACACAAUUCCUCCUCCUCAUACAUCCAGACAGGAAUUGAUUUUGACGUGUUCGACUGAACUGUUCUAUACGCCCAGUGAUGGACAGGAUCUGCUUAUUUCUAGAAUGUGGUGCCAGGAAUCUCCUGACAGAUGCAGCUUAGUGAGGUCACCACCAGGAGAGUUCAGCUACAGCACCUUAGCGAAACCUCAUGUUUGUAAUGCAUUGUGAGUCUUUAACUAUCCAUUUUCCAAGAAUUAAAAGACUUAUUCAGAGCAGGAAGAUUUUACUUUCUGGUCUGUGGGAAUAUUUCAUUUAUUUCCAUAUGAAGUGUUAUUUUUUUCUUUUAUAACACAUAAUGGAAGUUGUUGAAAUGUUUGUAUUCUGAUGAGACGGAAAAAAAUGGAGUCAGGCUUCACGAUGUCGUCAUUUUCAGGCCACGGUAUUCACUCGCAUCUGUGUAAAAACAAAAAAUAAAUGGCACUGUUUUUAUUUUUUUGGAAUGUAAAUAGUGUACCUUAGUUUUGCAACAGCUGCAUAUUGAUAUACUUUUCCCUUUUUCUAAAUCUGGCUGUGAGUUGGAAACUAUUGGAAAUUAAUGUACUCAUCACAGAAUAAGGUUAAUCAGUGUCUUCAUUAAAACACUUAAAACUAAAA